AUGGGUGAACAAGCAGAAGUCCAAACGUCGAUGAAGAUCUCGUUCAACGUGAAGAAAAAGGUGACGAACAUUGUGCCAAGCAACAGUGUUCCUUCAGACAAUGAAGACGAGCAUCAGGAGAUAACACAUCUGGAAGGUGGACUUCUGAAUGGGUAAGGAAUUUUGUUUUAUGUUGUUCUAUGUUUAGGGUUGAUUAAAGUAGUUUAUUGGCUAUUUAUGAGGAAUAAAUUAUGAUUUUCAGCAAAGCGAAGGAGAAGAAAGCAGCGCCAGUGAUCGAGAGGCGAAAAGAUGUUGCUGAUUGGCGGAUCAAACGGCUUUUACAGCUAAAAGAAGAAGGUCACGCUACUGAUCAACAGUUGGCGACGUUACAGCUGCUUCAAGAAGCUCGAGGAGAAGCUGCGACUCAGUCUGUAGCUUUAGAAGCUGAUAAGGUGAGUCUUUAAUUAGUUUUUGUAGUUAUGAACAUAGUUUAUAUAUAUAAUAUGAAUGUUCUGAGCAGGUUACCUAUAAUAUAAUGUUAUAUUUUUUCAGCCAAACGAAAAGAAGGCCGAAUUAUCGAAGAACGAUGAUGAAGAAGAUGAUUGUGAUCCAGACUACAAUAAAAUAAGCUACAACGACUUUGGCUAUGCUUUUCUUCGCGGAUUGGGAUGGAAAAAGGAGGAAGGACUUGGGAAAACCAAUAAACGUGCCGUGCCUUUAAUGGUGUACGAAAAGGCCAAGAUAUUUAAGUUGAACACGGACAAGGGAACAAGACCAAAUCAAAAUGAUGCUGAUAAAGAUGCUCCAGCUCCUCAAUUAGCUGAAGGCAAGCCGGUUUACAUCGAAGACCAUAAAUUGUACAAAGGAAACUAUGGGAGAUUGAUGUUCAUGGAUGAUAUCACUAAAAGGGCGAUUGUAAAGCUGGUUAAUGGAACAGAAGUGGAAACGUCGGUUGUGGUAUUGACGCCAGUUACUGAGAAAGAGUUUACUGCUUCUGGGAAGACUAUCAGUAAGUUUUUCAACUUCUUCUGUUUAAAUUUUUGUUUGGAGUUGAUGGGUACUAUAAUAUAACGCUUCAUAACUUGUUUUCUAAUGAAUAAAAAGGCGUUUAACGUAUAAUAUUAGCAAGAUGAGAUUUUCGGCUUUAUUUUAAUAUUAAUCUGAGAGUUGCUUUAAUGUAUUUAGACUUUAAAAUUCGCUGAAGAUCUUGUCCGACAUGCGUAGCCUAUGUUAAUAUAUUUUUUUUAUUAUUUUUUAACUAAAUCUUUUGUUUUUAGAUAAGAAAACAUAUGAAAAAGAAGAAAAGCGGAUACAAGAACAAAAUGACAAAAGAUACGAAAGAGAUUUAAGACAAAAUGGCAGUAAAAACGACCGAAAUCCUAAAGAAAAUGGCAGAAGUAACGGCAGAUACGAAUCGAAGUAUCGAGAUGAAUCUGAUAGUGAUAUAGAAGAAAUAGAACCAAGUACGAGCGAGAUGUGGGUAGCUACGAAUUUACUAGUUAGAAUAGUGGACAAAAGGUACAAACGAGGCGACUACUACAAGGAUAAGAUGGUGAUAGUUGACGCGGCUUCCAAAGAUCAUUGUGAACUGAAGGACCAUAGAGGGAGAAUUCACAGUAAGUUGGUUUAUACAUUGUUUUACAUUGUGGUUUAGUUAUGAUUGGUAGAAAUUUUGUUUUUUUUUAUAAUGCGGCACUAAAAUUGCUCUUUUUGAUAUUUUAGGUAUUAAAACCAAUUUUUUAAAUAAUAUACUAUAUUUUUAAAUUAUUUCUUACUUAAAAUACUAUGUUUACUUUCAAGACAUUAAUUUUACACUUAAACUUCCACUUUUCAGCCCUAAAACAGUCCCAAUUGGAAACAGUGAUACCCAGGGAGCUCGGAACACCAGUAAUGUUUGUGACCGGUAAAUUCAAAGGCCAUGCGGGAAAAAUGGUCGAUAAAGAUAAAAGUAGAGAAGAACUAUGGGUCAGCAUAUCAGGCAUUGACGACCCAAUUCGAGCUUACUUUGAUGAUGUAUGUGAAUAUAAGGGGCAGCUAGAGGAGCUGGAGUACUAG